AUGCAAAUGAGGCUGCAUUUCAUCCCUGAUCUUUACAUUCUGGACCUUGGCUCUUUCCUGUUCCUCAUCUCCAUCUCCUUGUUGUUCCCCCAUGGAAUUCAGGACCCGGACUUAAAGAUGACCCCGAUCCGGUCAGUCACUGAGAUCAGCUGUGCCAUCCAGGAUGCAGACGACUCCCAGAGCUUCCAGUUCACUUACAAAGAGGAGCUCCUGGGGUACAUGCUGGACUUCAUGAAAGAAGAACCAAUAGAUUCUUUGGCCUCUCCUGUUCGCCUCAGGGCCAUGCUUGCCUUUGGGCACCUCAGAGCUGGAACUAAGAGACACCUGCAGGGCUCAGGCCACAGACUGCUCUCCCUGCAGCUGGGCAAGGUGAAACCCUCACUGAAUCUGGAUGAAAAUAGAAACAUCCUUGAUGACUGCCUCAAGAGAAGAGAUCCAAGAGAAAGAGCACAGGAAGGCAAGAUGGGGAUUCAGUGA